UUUAUAUCUUGUUGUUCGAAAGAAACGUGGUUGAAAUUCAGUUCAGCAGACCCGUUCAAGCCUUAACAAGGCUGAAGAAGUAGAAAGAAGCAGGCAAGAGUGUGUGCUCUAUAUAAAGCCUAGCUGACUACUGAAGGGUUUCUGUAUUUACGUUAUAGAGCCAUUAUAAACACAAGUAAUGGAAUUAUUAUGCAACGAAGGAUGUACACCAACAAGCGUUCAAAGAAGUUACUUGGAUUCGAACUUAUUAAAUGACAACAGAGUGCUAGAAAGACUUCUAAAACUGGAGGAUCACUAUAUUCCUCGUUGUGACUAUUUUAAAAUUGUACAAAAGGAAAUAAAACCACACAUGAGAAAGCUAGUUGUUACAUGGAUGUUCGAGGUAUGUGAAGAGCAGAGAUGUGAGGACGAUGUGUUCCCGUUGGCUGUAAACCUACUAGAUCGUUUCCUCUCUGUUGUCAGUAUUCGAAAAACCCAAUUACAAUUAUUAGGAACUUCAUGCAUGUUUUUAUCUUCAAAAUUAAAAGAAACAAUACCCCUAACGGCUGAAAAAUUAGUUAUUUAUACAGACAAUUCCGUCGGUUUAGAAGAAUUACUGAAUUGGGAAGUCUUGGUUCUAAAUAAAUUGCGUUGGGAUAUCGCGGCAAUAGUACCAAACGAUUUUCUCGAAUAUUUGUUAUCGCGUAUAAAACUUCCUGAGUGUGUUGACGCGGAUUAUAUCAGGAAACACACGCAUACUUAUAUAGCUCUUUGUUGUACAGAUUUUUUAUUUUCAAACUUGAACCCUCCUUCCAUGAUAGCUGCUGCUGCUAUAUGUGCAACCUUUCAUGGGCUGCGCUUUCAAUUUGGUUCGCUAUGCCCAUCAAAAUAUGAACUUAUACAAAUGAUAACCGAAAUAACAGGGGUUGACGAGGACUGUCUAAUUGAAUGCCAGCAAAGAAUGGAGGAAGUGAUACGAGUUAGCCUAGAGAACAAUCUAAACUCUGAACAAAAUAAACUUAGCUUAAAACAACAACAGCAACAACAACCACUCACACCAACAGAUAUACAAGAUGUUCAUUUUUAAGUCGUGGUUUUGAGAUGGUUGGUUUGUCAACUGAAAGCAGUUGAAAGGUGUAACCUGAAUGCGUCGAUUGAAUGUUGGUCAGCCAACGACAUAAUGGUUGGCAUUGAAAGUUACAAAGCUCUACAGCAUUGGUUUAUAUGCAGAGCAAGCUGCCUGAAAAAGCAAGGUUACCAAUGUUCAUUUUCAUUUUUCAGCUUUUUUCAGGGUAAAAUUUCUACUAGAAUGUUCCAUUUUUACUUUUAUUGGCAUAUUUUUGCAUAGGGCUUUUUUAACAAAAACAUUCAGUUUAUUUAUUAAAACGUUUAAAAGGUGUUGUAUCAUAUAUUUAUUUGUCAUCCUCUGCAGAGAGAGAAAGCUGUCCUUUGAUAAAAAAUUCUAGACAAGUAGCUUUUAGUUUAGUUUAACUUUAAAUAUUCUUAGUCAAAGUUUAUCAACAUUUGUGAAAAAUUGAAAAUUGUGCCAAAAUUUUUAGUCAAUUACCCACCAUUAUAUUUUUUCCUGAUAAUUUUUUUUUAUUUUAAUAAUAAAAAGAAAAGAAGUUUUGCUGGUUCAUUUCUUCUAUAAAAAAAAACCUGAGUGUGUGAGACCAAGCAUUUUACUGAAAUCUUGUUAUUUUUACGUUCUAUACUCGACUUGAGAUUUUAUGCAAUAUAUUGUUGUGACCAAGGAUGAUACUACUAAAAAUAGACUAAAAACAUGA